AACAAACAAAUAAAUGGUCGUUCGGAAUUGGCAAGACGCAAAGGAAUAGUUUCCGCCGGACGAAAGUGUACUGGCUUGCCUUUCAGCUCAAACCUUUCCUUUCCUUUCCCUUCCACAAUGAUGAAACCCAAUCUUACAGCUCUUGAUUCCUUUCGAACUUUCAAUUCCUUAAUUCAACGGAAUCCAAUACCCUUUCCUAGACCCUCAAAUCCACUAUUCAAUCACUCAAUCUCUGUAAUCCACCACUCUUCAAAACCUUCCCGUUUCCUUCCAAUUUGCCUUUCAAAUCCCACCAAACAAUCCAAUUCCAGCAGCGAAAUAUCGUCACUUUCCAACGCCGAAUUGGUUGGAAGUUCAAAUGAAAGUCUUGGCGAAGAUGAACUGGAGAGGAAUUUGGGUGUGCAAGUUGGAAAUCCCUUUGUCCCCUCGUAUAUUCCGCCAUAUACUAAGCUUAGUUUGAGUGACCAAGCUUUAUUUCUAUUGUCAUUCAUUGCUUGCACGACAUCUAUAGCUUUUACAAGCCUUGUCGUUGCUGCCAUCCCAACACUCUAUGCAAUGAGGAGAGCUGCAACAUCUCUUUCAAAGUUAGCAGAUACAGCUCGGGAGGAACUCCCUAGUACAAUGGCUGCAAUUAGGCUUUCAGGCAUGGAGAUCAGUGAUCUUACAUUGGAAUUAAGUGAUUUGAGCCAUGAGAUAGCUGAUGGGGUCAACAAAUCAGCUCAAGCUGUACAAGCAGCAGAAUCUGGGAUUCGACAGAUUGGUACACUUGCUCAUCAGCAUACCAUGUCAAUGAUUCAAGAGAGAGCCAGCUUGCCUAUCAUCUCACUGCAACCUGUAGUUGCUGGUGCUGCAAAGAAGACUUCCCUUGCUGUUGGCCAAGCCACGAAGACUAUCAUGAAUAUUAUCUCGCGAGGGGAGCUCAGCUCAGAAAAUGAGGGUAAUAAUGAAAUUGAAAGGUUGGACAUUUAAGAGGUUUACUUUGUGAUUUAAAUAACUGCUCGUGUAUAUAAUCUUGGAGAGCUGCCAUGGUCGGUACUACCAUAAUGAUAUACGGAUAUUGUGAAUACUUUCUUGUAGUCAACGACUUUUCCGUGGAAUCCCCCUGUACACGGAGAAAUUUUAUAAUACAACUGUUUUAUAUACAAUGGUUAUAUUAUAUCUAUUGAUAUGGUGGGUUCUUUGUAAGUCCCAAUCAUAAUCAAUGGUUAACAUGUAACAUAAACUAAAUUUAAGUUUCAUUAGCCAUGCAUGACAGGGGAUUAAUGAAUUUGGCUCAUUGGAUCAAA